GGAGACGGGAGCGCGCUUCGUGCGGAGGAUGCUGCUGGUCUGAGCUGAGGCUGCAGAGACGGCUCUGUGUGCAGACAGAACAGCAUCUCACCCCCAGUACCCAUCCAGGCACCCAGAGAGAGGGCACUCACUGCCAGGUCCUGUAUUGUAUCUGACAGCUGAAUGUUUGAGUCUGCUUUGAUCAAGCCUCUGGCUCUUUUGCGUUCCAGAUACCCAUCGAUCAGACUGCCUGCUUAUUGAUGUCUGCCAGUGUAAUUAGUGUGGCAAAGUGCAUAGUCACAUCAGCAAGUUUGUUCAGGAUAUAAAACUGCUUUGUGCAGCCAGAAUUGUCAGUUAUACAAGAGGAGACAAAACAAUGCACUAGACUCAUAAACACAAAUUGAAAUGCCUGUAGUUUAAUGACAUUGCACCAUCAUUAAGGAAUGCUUCCAGAUUCAUGAACCUUGAUUUCAUAUUGUAAAGGAAUCUGUUCUGCUAAGAAGAAAGGCUUCUGUCUCUCAGAAGGAAUAGUCUCAGGCAGCUUAAAAUAAUGCAAGAGAAGAAAAGUCUAUUCCUCAGCAGAGCUUCUUUAGUUCUGUGCCUGUGCCAAGUAAUUACAGCACUGGAAGUGCCACUUGACCCAAAACUUCUAGAACAACUGCCACAGCCUCCAACUAUCACUCAUCAAUCACCAAAGAACUACAUUGUGGAUCCGCGGGAGAAUAUUGUCAUUCAAUGUGAAGCGAAGGGAAAACCUCUUCCCAGCUAUUCUUGGACACGCAAUGGAACUCAUUUUGACAUCGAUAAAGACCCUCUGGUAACAAUGAAACCAAAAUCAGGGACCCUCGAAAUCAACAUCAUGAAUGGUGGGAGAGCAGAAGCCUACGAAGGGGAAUAUCAGUGCAUGGCUAGCAAUGAACGGGGAAUCGCUAUAUCGAACAACAUUGUUAUCCGUCAGUCUAACAUCUAUAAAAUCAUCCAAACCAUCUUGUUAGAAGGAGCUCCGCUGUGGACAAAGGAGAAAAUCGAACCAAUGGUAAUUCAGCAUGGUUCGCCCUUGGUUCUACCAUGUAGACCUCCAAAAGGAUUACCACCUCCCAUUGUGUUUUGGAUGGACAACUCAUUCCAGCGGCUUCCUCAGAAUGAAAGGGUUUCACAAGGUCUAAAUGGAGACCUUUAUUUCUCUAACGUUCAGCCACAGGAUACCCGGGAGUUCUAUAUUUGCUAUGCAAGAUUUAACCUGACUCAGACCAUACAUCAAAAGCAACCAAUAUCUUUAAAAGUUUUAUCAAUGGAUUCAUUGAAUGAUACUAUAGCUGCUAAUUUAAGUGACACUGACUUUUAUAGUGACAGUCCAGCCGGAGAUAGGCGCCCAAGUCUUUUGGUUCCUAAAGGUCCAACAAGUAAUAAGACAGUGCUCCGAGGAGAGGUUAUUCUCUUGGAAUGUAUAGCGGAAGGAUUGCCCACACCAGAAAUUCGCUGGAGUAAAGAAGGAGCAGAGUUGCCUAGCAACAGAGUUUUUCAUGAAAAUUUUAAUAAAACAUUAAAAAUCGUCGACGUCUCGGAGGCAGACUCUGGAAAAUACAAAUGCACAGCCAAAAAUGUGUUAGGGUCCACUCACCACAUCAUCACAGUCAUUGUCAAAGCCGCUCCGUACUGGAUAACUGAGCCUAGAAAUUUGGUAUUGUCACCAGGAGAGGAUGGGACACUAAUCUGCAGAGCAAAUGGAAAUCCUAGCCCAACUGUUACGUGGCUCAUCAAUGGAGUUUCUAUUGAACUGGCUCCUACUGAUCCAAGUCGAAGGGUCGAUGGUGACACAGUGAUAUUCACUAAUGUGCAAGAACGAGCCAGUGCUGUGUUUCAGUGCAAUGCCUCUAAUCAGUAUGGGUAUCUGCUUGCAAAUGCUUUUGUGAAUGUACUUGCGGAGCGCCCACGAAUUCUUUCUUCACAAAAGGUCUAUCAAGUUAUCGCUAAUCGAGCAGCCUUGCUACACUGUCCUUAUUUUGGUUCACCUAUUCCUGAAAUUGAAUGGUUUAAAGGCAUGCAAGCCAGUGUUUUACAUGGAAAUGGCUAUGUUUUUCAUCAAAAUGGAACAUUGGAGGUUCCAGUGGCCCAAAAAGACAGCAGUGGAACAUAUACUUGUGUGGCAAGAAAUAAGCUGGGGACAGAUCAAAAAACAAUUGAACUUGCAGUCAAAGAUCCAACUAUGAUCAUUACACAGCCAGAAUACAGGGUUAUUCAGAGAUACGGUGCUGCGUUUUUUGAAUGCAAAGUAAAACACGACCCAUCUUUAGUUCCGGUGAUAAUAUGGUUGAAGGACAGUGGUGAUUUGCCUAUCGAUGAAAGAUACAUGGUUGACAAGGAGCGACUAACCAUCAAGAAUGUAACAGAUGUUGAUGAAGGAACCUAUACCUGUGUAGCAAACACUACCCUGGACAGCGUCUCAGCUAGUGCAGUGCUUACAGUUGUUGCAGCAACUCCUACUCCAACUGUGUACCACGAUCGUCCAAAUCCACCUUCUGACUUGGAAUUGACUGAUCGUCUUGACAAAAGCGUGCAGCUAACUUGGGUGCCCGGAGAUGACAAUAACAGCCCUAUUACAACUUUUAUAAUCGAAUUCGAAGAUGCAAAGCAUGAACCAGGAAUAUGGCACCUGCAAAAUAAAGUCAGCGGCACCCAAACAACAGCUACUUUGAAUUUAUCUCCAUACGUCAAUUAUUCGUUCCGUGUUAUUGCUGUUAAUGAAAUUGGCAGAAGCAAUCCUAGUGAACCCUCAGAACACUACAUGACAAAACCAGCAGAGCCAGAUAGGAAUCCAUCUGGGGUAAAAGCAAUAGGCACCGAACCAGACAACCUAGUGAUCACCUGGGAUUCUUUGAAAGGAUUCUACUCCAAUGGUCCAGGACUCGAGUACAAAGUUAGUUGGAGACAAAAAGACAUUGGAGAUGAUUUUGUGUCAGUAAUAGUUGCUAAUGUCACCAAGCAUAUAGUAUCCGGGACACCAACUUUUGUUCCUUAUGAAAUAAAGGUUCAAUCAUUGAAUAGUAUUGGAUACGCCCCAGAACCACCUAUAGUUAUUGGACACUCAGGAGAAGACUUUCCCAUGACUGCACCAACAAAUGUUGAGGUUGAAGUUAUUAAUACCACUUUGGCAAAGGUUCAUUGGGAUCCUGUUCCUGUAAGAACUGUACGAGGCCAUCUUCAAGGAUACAAAGUAUACUAUGGGAAGUCACAAAAUCGAACAAUCAAAAACCACCAUCAUGGGGACAGCAAAGCUUUAACAUUUUCUGGGAACCGAACCCAUGGCAUGAUUCCAGGUCUACAACCCAAUACUCACUACAGUCUUUAUAUUAGGGCUGUCAAUGGCAAAGGAGAAGGCCCACCCAGCAUCAGUAAAUAUUUUGAGACACCAGAAGGAAUUCCCAGUGCCCCAUCAAUGUUGGAUAUUAUUGACCCAACCACUGAUUCACUAAGCUUGGUAUGGCACCCACCAUCUCAUCCAAAUGGGAUCCUGACUCACUACACCCUGAGGUUUCAAUCAAUAAACAGCACUCAUGAACUAGGUCCUCCGAUUCAAAUUACAAUUCCUGCAAACGAAUCAAGUUUCAUUUUAAAAAAUCUGGUCCAAGGCACGCGCUACAAGUUCUAUUUUUUUGCCCACACUGCUGUGGGACCUGGAAGUGUAAUUACACAAGAAGCAAUAACAGCAAUGGAUGAAGGUAAGAUGGCCGAUUUUCUCCCACCUGCUGUGGGUGCAGGCAAAGAAAGUAUUAUUGCCACAUCCCCUCGCACGCACUCUGUCUAUACGCCAGUUUACAAGGUUCGACCAGUGCUUCCAGGUAUCAAGAACAUAACCUCAUCCGAUACCCACGCUACUAUCAUUUGGGAUUAUGAGGGCCCAGAUGUGAAGUUCUGUAUUGAAUAUGUAGAUUUAAAAAUUGUUGUAGUCAAAGAAGAAUGGAAAAAGGAAUGUAUAAAUGAUACUCGGAACCAUUUUGUGUUAAAGGGUUUAACUCCUGGAGCAUCAUAUAGAGUUCGAGUUGUUGAUGAUCAUAAUGGUAUUGUGAGUUCAGAAGAUUUUCAGACAGGUCCAGCUAUGGCGAGCCAGCAGGUUGACAUUGCUACUCAAGGAUGGUUUAUUGGCCUGAUGUGUGCGGUGGCUCUGCUUAUUUUAGUUUUACUGAUUGUUUGCUUUAUAAGACGGAAUAAAGGUGGUAAAUACCCAGUCAAGGAAAAGGAAGAUGCCCAUGCAGAUCCUGAAGUUCAACCCAUGAAAGAGGACGAUGGGACAUUUGGUGAAUACAGUGAUGCAGAGGAUCACAAGCCACUUAAAAAAGGCAGUAGGACUCCCUCAGAUCGAACUGUGAAAAAAGAUGACAGCGAUGAUAGUCUGGUUGACUAUGGCGAGGGGGUAAAUGGUCAGUUUAAUGAAGAUGGUUCCUUCAUUGGACAAUAUAGCGGUAAAAAAGAAAAAGAGCCAGUGGAAGGUAAUGAAAGCUCUGAGGCUCCAUCCCCUGUCAAUGCCAUGAAUUCUUUUGUUUGAGCCUCAAGAUAAUUUGAUUUCACAUAAAAUGCCACGCUGCACAACCGAGCUAUCGUAAAAAUGGUGAUAUGGAGAAAUGCGAAGACAAGUUCAUAAAUUGAGCGAUAUUUCGAAAAACACACUUUUUUUUUGUAUGUGGUACUGGAUGUUAGCGUGAAAAAAGAAUCUUUGUUGUAAAUUUUUCUGUUCUGGACAUCAUUGUUUUUAAUAUGUGCAGAAGCCGGCACAGAUCUACAGUGUAGCAAAUGACAUCAUAGAAUGCGUCUUCGAAAAAAGUUAAUUCCAAUGCAUGAAAUGGUACACACUUCACAACAAAGCCCGUGUAUGUAAACCAUAGUUCAAUUCUUCGAUAUGCAGUCCUCUGUCUGACACAUGAGUAUGAAGUACGUUUUUUCUGUCAGUGUUAAUAGUAGUAUUAUGAUGUAUAAAUCUUCAAUGUCUUUGUGGACAUUGUUGUACAGUUGGUGAGUUUAUUGUAUAUCUAAAAAAGGUCUUAUUAAGAGACCAGAAGCAUAUAUAUAUAUAUA